AUGGCUACCAUUUCUUUAUUCUCCUAUCUUCUCCUCUUGAUCUCCUUCUCUCAAGCAACCAUCAAUGACGACAACGGUUUCACCACUUCUCUCUUUCAUCGUGAUUCCCUUUUUCAAAUAUCAUCUCUCUCCCAUUAUGAUCGUCUCACCAAUGCCUUUCAACGCUCAUUUUCUCGCUCCACUGCCCUCAUCAACCACGUUGCCACUGUUGCCACCACUACUGCUGCUGUCGUUCAAUCCCCGAUUGGCCCAGGAAGUGGCGAGUAUCUAAUGUAUGUCUCUAUUGGAACCCCGCCAGUGGAUUACAUCGGCAUUGCCGACACGGGCAGCGAUUUGAUAUGGACACAAUGCUUGCCAUGUCAAAAAUGCUUCAACCAAUCACGUCCCAUUUUCAACCCUCUCAAAUCCUCUUCCUACCAUCGCGUGUCUUGCACGUCCCAAUCCUGUCAUGCACUAAAUGUUGCCCAUUGUGGAGUCCAGGGGAUUUGCAAUUACAGUUACACAUACGGAGAUCAAACUUACACGAAGGGAGAUUUAGGAUUUGAUAAGAUCACCAUCGGGUCAUCAUCCGUGAACUCAGUCAUCGGUUGUGGCCACGAAAGUGGCGGCGGGUUCGGCUAUGCCUCAGGUGUCAUCGGACUCGGCGGUGGCGAGCUCUCAUUAGUCUCACAAAUGAGCCAAACCGCCGCCAUUAGUCAACAAUUCUCUUAUUGCUUACCAACGUUACUUAGUCAUGCAAAUGGCAAAAUAAACUUCGGCCAAAACGCUAUCAUUUCUGGCCCUGGAGUCGUUUCAACGCCACUAGUCCCCAAAAACCCCAAGACAUACUAUUACAUGACUUUGGAAGCCAUUUCCAUUGGCAAUGAACGUCAUGUGGCCGACAUGUCGUCCAAACAAGGCAAUAUGAUUAUAGAUUCCGGGACGACGUUAACGAUUCUUCCAAAGGAGUUAUACGAUGGUGUUGUUUCGUCGCUAUUGAAGGUCGUUAGAGCGAGGCGAGUGGAGGAUCCCGGCCACUUUUUGGGACUCUGCUUUGCUGAUGACAGCAACAGUGGCGGCUUGGGCAUUCCGAUCAUCACCGCCCAUUUUGCCGGUGGUGCCGACGUGAAGUUGUUGCCGGAGAAUACGUUUAUGAAGGUGGCCAAAAAUGUGAGUUGCUCGACCUUAACGUCGGCGGAGCCGAGAGAUGGUUUCGGGAUUUUGGGAAAUUUGGCGCAGGCGAAUUUCUUAAUCGGAUAUGAUUUGGAGGCUAGGAGAUUGUCGUUCAAGCCAACCAUCUGUGCUUAG